UCUUCAACAAAUGGUGUGUUAUAUUCACUUAAUCAAUACUUUCUACUCUUUCCUCGAGCGCUUACAUGUACAUGUAUUUUUUCUUCAAAAUCAAAUACAUACACGUGUAACAAUAUAAAACGCGCGUGCGCGAGUUAAAUAUGGUAUGAUAAUAAAAGUAUCAUCGUGCUCCAUUAACUGCCUACGUAGAAACGUUCUUCUCAUGUCCCAUGACAAAAAUUGAUUUUGACUUUUCAAUUGCUAGGUGUUUGGUCCCGAAAGAGUGUUUUAUUGCGGGCAACAGAAUCAAGAGUCAUUUAAAGGUUUACGGAUAUACUAGAUUGUCUGCAGUCAGACGCGAAGUUUCAAUAGAUUUACAAUCUGUCUGAAAUGUACUUCAGUAAAAACUACUCAACAUAUAUUUCAGCAACUAUAUGCAUAUGGCUUGUCUGGUGCAUUCUGUCACGGUGCGAUGAAUUUCGCUCAUCAUAUUUUAGAUUUGUACCCGAAGCAGUAGAUAUGGAGCCGCAGAUAGGGAUUAUGAGCGAUUCCCUAAAUUGCCACAGCGUAUCUAGUUGUGGUAUUCAAUGCCUUAGCCAGGAUAAUUGCCAAUCAUUCUUUUACAAUGGUUUUCAAGAACGAUGUGUACUAACCGGGGUAGUAAAUUUUUCAUCAUUGCGAACGUCUUUAGGAUUUUCACAUUUCUCCAUUAAUGAUUGUAUACAGUCCAGAGCUGGCUGGGGUUACAGAGGGGAACGUCAUCACACAGUAAACGGCCGACUUUGUCAGAGAUGGGAUCAACAGACUCCACAUACUCAUAAUUAUGGAAAUCUCUCGGACCACGAGAACUUCUGUCGAAAUGUUCACCUGGAUAGAGAUGAGGACGACGGACCGUGGUGUUACACAACGGAUUCAGGCGUUAGAUGGGAAUCAUGUGGACUCCCUCUUUGUUACGAUUUUACAAGAAAUUGUUCUACGACAUCAAAUGGGAUUGAUUACUACGGCAAAACCAACGUGACUAAAAGUGGAGCAGCAUGUAAUUUCUGGUCAGAUACCUCGACACGGGCCCAUCGCUACGCUUUUUUAACCGAUCAAGAAAACUAUUGUCGCAACCCCUUCGGAGAUGAGUCUGCCCCAUGGUGUUACACUGGUGCAUCCUGGGAUUAUUGUGAUAUCAAUGCUUGUUAAUUCUGUAAUUAAUUAAAUUUCACUGCAUUUGUAUUAGAAAGUUCAUAACUUUCAUUUUGAUUUCAUGGGGACGUUUGUCUUGUAUUUUUUUAAAGAACGGUGUAUUUUGUUGGUAUGCAUUAUUGUUUUACCACAGACUAGAAUGACGCUCUGUCAUGUGAUUUGGAUUGUAUUUCUACUUUGUCCACAUUGGCAUGUUAAACGUAUUGGUUCUAAACAAAACACGUAUAUAUGGUCUGUAAAACACUGUCUACAGACAUGUAUUACGUAUGUGGUCUGUAACCCACUGUCUACAGAAAUUUAUCACUUAUAUGGUUUGUUAUUGACUUUCUACAGAAAUUUAUCACUUAUAUAGUUUGUUACUGACUUUCUACAGAAAUUUAUCACUUAUAUGGCUUGUUAUUGACUGUCUACAUAAAUUUAUCGAGUUGUACAAGUGAAUGCAAAAUUCGAAGCUUUUGCACAAUCCUACAUAUGUAUAUAUCUUUAAAUGAGAGAUCGGUCCCGUCAUCCCCUUUGACGGUGAAUGGUUUCUAAGGUCAACAAAGUCGCUCUUGAAUAACAGGAAUAAUUCAUGUCGAAGGAAUGGAAAGAAACUUUUGAUUUGGAACAUUUUUUCCAGAUUGGUCGAAAAAAUGCAGCAAAGGUUUAUUUAUAAGUUUUUAUUUUUGUUCACAUCUAUAAGCAUAAACAUAGCAAAAAGUACAAUAUCCGAGGAAAUGUGUUAGAGAGAAAGAGAGAGAGACAGACAGAGAGAGUUAAAAAGAGACACAGAGUUUAGGAUUCAUCCAUGAUAUUGGAGUGCUCAAUUCGAAGGAUUUUUAAAUAAUUAAAUACAUUCUGCUGUACAAACAUUGCACCUAACCCAUCUAAACACUAGUGUUUUUUUAAUCUUGCUUUUAUCUGAAAUAAAACCAAGAUCAUGUUUUUGUAGUAUUAUCUAUCAGUUCAAUCUUCCAGAGACUUUUAGCCUAAGCUUUACAUUUUACAUACUUUAUAUUUGUAAAGGCAACAUUAAAC